AUGUCCAUCGCAGCGUCUAGUGCACGCAAAGAUGGCCCGCAUCACCCCUCUUCGGGUCUUACUGGGAAGGAGACUCUGCAGGAUGCGCGGAAGAUGGAGUACCGUGCAUCCACGCUUGAGGCUGGAGGCAACGACAUGGAAUGCUUGCAACUGAUGGAGACUGCGCUCCAGAUACGCUGCAAGGAGUAUGGAACGGGGUCGUCAUCCCCUGAGCUCCUAAAGGAGGCAUGUGACGCUGCGGAGCGUGUUGUGAUGAAGUGCAAUGUUCUCGGUGUAAAAUUGUUCAAGGAAGGAAAAUAUGACGUUGCUACACCUCUCUUUGGCUACGCCAUGGAGAUGACAGGAGAGGGUUCCUUUCCCUUGCGCAAAGACGAUGAGCGCCGCCGACUACUGCGCGGCGUGACCCUGAACAACCACGGUUGCAUGGAGCGCCACCGGGGGCAUUUUACUACUGCCCUGGACUACAUGCAGCAAUCGAUGCAAUGCACGGGGCAACAAUCCCCCGUAGCGUUCCUAAACAUUAGUGCUGUGCAGGUGCAACUGAGGUUAUGUGAAGAAGCCGCGCAUAGUGCGGUGUGUGCGAUACAAAGUCUUGGGCCCAAUCCUGAGGACCCUUCUUUGCUAGCAGUGGCGCACCACAACCUCGCUAUGGCUCUGGAGUUGAUCGACCCCCCACGUGCUCAUGAAGAGUAUCGGUUGGCGCUGGGUUUGGCUCAGAAUACGAUCAGUAGGAGGAGUGAGGUCACAAGAACGAUCGAAAGUAAUAUGCAGCGGUUUGUCAUGGUGCUUCACGAAUGUCGACCGGGUAAUUCAGCUUUGACGGGUACGAACUCACCCCGCUCAUCCUGCGGACACACCUUGUUUGUUAGUCCGCGGUCUUGCAGCAGGGAACGUUCACCCAGUGGUCGGGAUGCUGCAUCUAGGACCCAUCGUGUGGACAUCUUUCCUCACCCUUUCGCGGUGAGUGCCAAGGAAACCGUUGCGAAGCGUAGCAUCUCGCGUCCGGCCCGUGCUGACGCCGGUCAUCCACCGAGUGCCGCAGCAGCGGCGGCAACAGCACCCGGGGUAAAUUCGAAAACAUCACUGUCGAGGCCUGCUGCAUGGCAGAGCCAGACAAAUGGCGGGUCUGCUUCCCAUGGCAGCGGUUUGAAGGGCGGUAAUUCAACGAAAUCGGGUGGAGCUUCGCCGAAUGCUAGUCGUCUUCCACCCAUUUCGCAGGGCUCGAGGGCUACGUUACGCGAGUCUGGUGGCCCCUCCGAGCACCACCGUGGGGCGAAUGUGGGUGAACAGUCAAAAUCUUUGACCAAAAACAAUGAGAGGGUUUCAAAUAAAGGUGGCGUUGCGCUCUCAGUGGCUACAAGGUCUCCCGUCGCCGCUACGAGAAUGCCAUAUAAACGGGAAGCUACGGCACGACCUGGUGAUGUCGGGUCCCAAGGGAAAGGUGCAGGUUUUGCCGACAAUGAGUCGGUGCACACAAAGUCCAAUGCGAAGAGUGGUGCCAGUCGAUCUGAAUGUAGACCACCAAUGAAGGGUUCGAUGAGGUCAAACAUCUCCCUCUCACAACCGAAUGCUCAGUCUUCGCCGGUAAGUGUGGGAGCAACCGGCUCGAAUCAGAGGACCCCAGGUCAACGUAACAGUCCCAAAGGAAGGACGCAGUCUGCUGCUGUGGAGCCGUCAGCGCCCUCGCGUCCGACUCAGCAGGCUGUUGGGGGCCGCAGUGCUGUCGGCAGGAAGUUAUCCCCCAAUGCAGAGCGCACCCGACCGGUUGCGCAGUCGCCUGCUGCUCGCGACAGUUCGGGAAGGAAAAUGCAAUCCGUUGCUGCGGAUCCUGAUGCUCCAUUUCUGUACAAUCAGCAAGCCGGUGGUACAGGUAACAAGACUGGCAGGAGGGUAUCUUCUUCAGCUCGCGAAUCUUCACCAUCCUCGCGUCCGACCCAUCAGGCUGUUGGGGGCCGCAGCGCUGUCGGCAGGAAGUUAUCCCCCAAUGCAGAGCGCACCCGACCGGUUGCGCAGUCGCCUGCUGCUCGCGACAGUUCGGGAAGGAAAAUGCAAUCCGUUGCUGCGGAUCCUGAUGCUCCAUUUCUGCACAAUCAGCAAGCCGGUGGUACAGGUAACAAGACUGGCAGGAGGGUAUCUUCUUCAGCUCGCGAAUCUUCACCAUCCUCGCGUCCGACUCAUCAGGCCGCUGCCACUCACGACGCAACUAAGAAGAAACUCCAUACUGUUACCAUGGAGGUUGAGGGGGCUGCGCGCCGGGGUCAGCAUGCCGCUGAUGCCCACAGCGCCGUCGGGCGACUAUCACCCAAUGCACCUUCAAACGAUACGGGGUCUCCUGUAAGGAAAUUUCCUCAACCAAAGGCCUCUCCAUUUUCUGCCGCCAAGGAUAAACAAGGCAGGUCGCCCAUUUCCAAAUCCAGUGUUAUGGGACCGGGCGUCCCCCCAUUGUCCGUUGAUGCGCCGUCAAGAAGGAUCCAGGGCCUCCCACCUGGAGCAAAUCUUGUUACGUACGUUGUUGAUCGCUUAGAUAUGCUUUUGUUCGAUGAGGAAGAUUUGUGGCGCAAGUCGGGCUGUGCGGUUACCAUUCAAAGAGCUUACCGUGCUUUCAAGGCUCGACAGUUGUUCGAGGCAGUAAAGUCCAAAAGCGCCCGCGACCGUGUACUGGAUGGGGUAAGAAGGUCAAUAGCAGCCCGUAAGAUUCAAAGGACUUUUAGGAGGCACCUGAGUAUAAGAUCGGGUUCUACCGCACGUUACAAGAACCGUGACGUUCUUGCCAAUGAAAUAAACAGGGCCGCUGUGCGUAUCCAGUGCUGUGCGCGGCAGUGGCGGGCCCGACGGCGUCUAGCGCGGAGGCAGUUCUUGAAGAAUAACGCAUCUUCUGCUGCCUUCCGACUGCAGACGUGGUGGCGCAAGGUUAUGGCAACCCGAAGGGUGGAGAAACUGCGAGAAAUGCAUCAACUUGUUAAAAACGAGGUGGCCCUGAGGGAACGGCAAGAAGUUGCGGCCACGGUCAUACAGAGCCAGUGGAGGAGACGAAGGGCAGAGCAGCAGACACGGGAGGCGAGGCUGAGGGCGGCUCGACUCCGGCGAAGGCAUCUGGAAGCUCGCUACUUAUCCGCCGCGCGGAAAAUCCAAAAGGCGUGGCGUUUGUAUAUUUCUAGAAAGGAGCUCAAUAAAAUGAGGGAACUGCGGGCCGCGCGUGAAGAGAGACUUCGUGAACACCAGCGGCGGUGCGAUGCUGCCAAGAAGCUUCAGGCCUUUGGCAGGCGGAUUAUUGUGGCGAGAAAUGCAGGGCCUCUGCUCGAUGUUGCUCGUGAGAACGCAGCAAGGCGCAUUCGUGGUCAUUGCCUGCAGAGUCGGGCAGCUUCGAAGAUUCAGCGUGCGUACCGUCUCUAUCGGUCGAAAUCUCUCCUGAAGCGUAUGAAAAAGGAACGCAGAAGACAACUCUUGGACUCGCGUCUUAGUGCGUUUGCGUUCACUAUGCAAAGAAUUGGCCGCGCUUACUUCGUCCGGCUUUCACUGGGCCGAUCACUUUAUCAAAUGGCAGUGGAGGUCCAGGAGUUUGUGCGGAGGGAGCGCGAUCUUGAAGAGGCUAACCGUUCGUCAACGGUCGUUUCUGGACACCAUAGAGUUCAUGAGCCCUCCAGCGUGAGAGGGGGAUUGGAAGGUGUUCCAUUUAUGCGUCGGUCACUACCCGACGGGUGUACAAAUGACAGGCAUCACUCCGCGUUAUCUCCAACACCACUUGACGUGAUGCCAAAGGUAAAAGGGUCUCUGACCUCUCACAGGAGCGUUUGUCAGCUGCUACCGUCACCCGCUGAGGAUUCAAGGCUACCAAAACCGUUAGCUAACGGUGCAGGGCGACUGUUGCCACUGGCUGGGGACGAGCAAAUCGAGCGGCUGCCAGGGGUCGGGGGAUUGGGAAGUGCCAGCGGAGCUGUCCAAGAGGAACCUGCCAUCUCGUGCCAGCAAGUGCCAGAAAAACCCACCCCGCGCGCAGAAGGCGUUAAGUUGGAAUUGACGAUGCCGUGUUCUCCAGGGGAUGUAGGUGUUGUACCUGAGUUGCAGCACCUUGCUACGCCUAUUAUUCCGGAGGAGCGUGUCGGAUUGUCAUUGAUAAAAGAGCAUGCUAUGUAUUCAGAGCCCGGGGAGCGGCCAGCAUUGUACUUGGAAGGUGUUGAGCCGUCGGCCACGGAGCUAAACCUAGAUAUUAAUGAACCUGUAGGAGAAUUUGCGAGGCCGGAUAAUGGUGGGCAUUCGGCUGAAGAAAUCGUUAAGCCUUUGGGGCAUGAAGGAAUUGAUCGCUCUUUUGAUGUUGUUGGGGAGUGUGAGGUGGUGGGACACCAAGAGAAGUCUGCCCUGGGUGCCGCACUAGCCGAAGAAAGAGAAAAGUGGCGACAAGUGCGGAAGGAUGAAAUAAAGUUCUACAAUGACUGCUGCAACAGUCGCUUGGAGGCAAACGAAUAUCGUUUGCGGAAGAUUGCAGAGGCUGAAACCGCGGAAGAGGUGCUAACGCUGUUGCCUCGUCCACCACUCAUGCGGCAACGACCAGUGGCCCCGAGGCGAACGUACUCGAAAUCAGCGGAGUCCUCAUCAAAUUUGCAAUCUCAACACCGGUCACAAGAUGAAGAGGCCAAUAACUUAAGGGACCAAGCGGCGUUGGCAAUCACUCGCUUAGCACGAGGAUAUCUUGCUCGCCUACACUACCGUGUGUUGCGGGAACUUUUCGCCGACUACGUGAACUGCAGGAUCGGGGUAGAUCGGUCGGAGUCACCCGAUCUGGAGUACAAGGAGCUUCAGAAAUGUUCUCGCCUGGUUAUGGACGGCACGGACCAGUUUCGGCGGCUGCGCCGCGUAAACGUCGUUUUGUCUUUCUUGCGUGCGAAGGUUAGCAUGAUGCAUGUUAGUUGCCGCAUGCCACCUAGAACACCGAGGCAGUUUGCAGAGCGCCCUCAACCAGAAUGCGUUUCGAAUGUAGGUGAUGCCCUUGAAGUUCUCAAAGGUUUCAUGCGCAUCAUACAGUCGAAGAAGGAGGUAGCCUCCCGUCGUGCAGCGGCUACUAUCAACCGAAGGAACGAAGAACCACUAGAAGCACUGGAAGUGCUAAAUGGCUUGGCCCUUAUCUUCCGUGCCAAACAGGAGCGUAGGGCUCGUAAGGAUGCAAUUGAAGCUCGCAUGGCCCAGCAAGAGGGUAUGUGCUCUGUGUUGGAAAAGCCAUCCUCGACUAUUGAAUCAUUCCUCCUGUGUGCAGUGGCUAGGAGGGAGUUGCAGAGGCGGAGAUCGCUUGUGGAAGAGAGACGCAGACUCAGUGCUGCAUGCGAAAAGAUACUGCCCUUCAUGCAGAUGCAUUUGGCCAGGCGUGAAGUUGAGAGGCGGAAGGCACUCGUGGAGGAGAGACGCAGACAUAGUGCUGCAUGUGAAAAGAUAUUGCCGUUGAUGCAGAUGCACUUAGCCAGGUGUGAGGUUGAGAGGCGGAGAUCGCUUGUGGAGGAGAGACGCAGACAUAGUGCUGCGUGUGAAAAGAUAUUGCCGUCGAUGCAGAUGCACUUAGCCAGGUGUGAGGUUGAGAGGCGGAGAUCGCUUGUGGAGGAGAGACGCAGACAUAGUGCUGCAUGCGAAAAGAUACUGCCUUUCAUGCGGAUGUAUUUAGCCAGGCGUGAGGUUGAGAGGAGGAAGGCACUCGUGGAGGAGAGGCGCAGACUCAGUGCUGCAUGCGAAAAGAUACUGCCUUUCAUGCGGAUGUAUUUAGCCAGGCGUGAGGUUGAGAGGAGGAAGGCACUCGUGGAGGAGAAGCGUGUGACGGAUAGUGAUGCGGAGUGUCUGCUAGAUGAAGCUGCAAUGAAGGUUCAGCGUGCGUUCCGUUCGUACAAGGCUAGACGGUCGGUGAAGGAGAGGCUCGUCGCCAAGGAGCGUUACUGGGGUUCCAUUCAAGCACACGAUGAGGAGAUUGCGGCCGCCGUGGCAGCCAUUGUGAGCGACUCCCCCGAGGGUGCGGAUCUGUGGGCUAGCCUCGGGCACUACUAUUACCAAGUUACUACACAGAAGGUAGGCUCUGUAGGUGAUAGUGCCAGUAUCGCGGACCAAUAUGUUGUGGUUAUGCAGCAGCACAUGCGUGGGUUGGCCUCGUGGAAACUUGUACAGGCACUCCGCUCGGAACAACGCCCACCCCGUGGAGCGCUAUGA